CCGGGGAGAGGGGGUGUUUUUGGUCCGUUGGAGCUGUCAGUCGGGGCCCUGGAAGGAAAUGAGCAACGGCGGGCGAGUGCUGGGGCGCGCGGCGCCUGGAGCCGCCCGCCCUUGGCCGUGGGCCGCCGGGGCCUCCUAACGCAGGCGGGAUGGCGCGAGCGCGCGCGCGGGCGCGGGCCCUGCACAGCCUUGGAGCCCAUCCCGCCGCGGGCCGGGCUCCCGAUCGGGCGCAGAAGUCUCAGUCGGUCGGUGGCUGCUGGCUCCGGGCGACCGCGCCAGGCCUGCGGCUCUAGCUAGUGGGCGGGUGUCCAGAUCAGGCGGCGCUACCAUCACUGUCCCCUCCCCCAUCCAGUGUAAGACACCGGACCUAAAGAGCGUAGUGUUGCUUGAUGAAGAUCCCGCACCUUUCCUGGUUAGGUUUAGAGCUGCAGACACUUUUUUGCCACUGAAUUUGUACCAGAUCUGCCGUGUCAGUUCAGCCUGCUCCGGACCAUGUAUCCACCAGACGGGAUGACACUUGGCUUGCAGGACUUCUCAGGUUGAGUGAGAAGUUAGGCCUGGCCCUUGGGAUGACUCUAGAGAGUCGUAGGCACGGCACUCUUUCUGGAGCCACAAUGGAUACUGCCAGCCACAGCCUUGUCCUUCUGCAGCAGCUGAACAUGCAGCGAGAGUUUGGUUUCCUGUGCGACUGCACAGUUGCAAUUGGAGAUGUUUACUUCAAAGCCCACAGAGCAGUGCUUGCUGCUUUUUCCAACUACUUCAAGAUGAUAUUUAUUCACCAAACAAGUGAAUGCAUAAAAAUACAACCAACUGACAUCCAGCCCGAUAUAUUCAGCUACUUGUUACAUAUUAUGUACACAGGAAAAGGGCCAAAACAGAUUGUGGAUCAUAGUCGUUUGGAGGAAGGGAUCCGAUUUCUCCAUGCUGACUACCUUUCCCACAUUGCAACUGAAAUGAAUCAAGUGUUCUCUCCAGAGACCGUGCAGACCUCAAAUCUGUACGGUAUUCAGAUUUCCACAACCCAGAAACCAGCUGUCAAACAAGGGCCGGAGAUCAAAGAGACUCCUCCCAGUAGCAGUGGAAACAGAGCUGCUGUCCACAGUGACCACCCCCAGCUGCAGCUCUCUCUUGCGAUUGGCCUAGAUGACGGAAGUGCAGAGCAGCAGAGGGCCCAUCCUGCUGCCCAGGCCUUGGAAGAGCACCAGAAGCCCCCAGUGUCCAUCAAACAGGAGAGAUGUGAUCCGGAGUCUGGGAUCUCCCAGGGCCACUCCUCGUCCUCGUCAGAAGUGACUGGCCCCUCUUUUACAGAAAACAGUAUCAGGGUCCACUUGUGCCAUUACUGUGGGGAGCGUUUUGAAUCUCGUAGUAGCCUGAGACAGCACCUCCACACACAUGUGUCUGGAUCUCUCCCAUUUGGUGUCCCUGCUUCCAUUUUGGAAAGUAAUGACCUUGGUGAAGUGCAUCCACUUAGUGAUGGCAGUGAGGCCCUUGAAUGCCGGAGGCUUAGCUCCUUCAUCGUCAAGGAGAAUGAGCAGCAGCAGCCGCCGCCGCCUGAGCACUCCAGCCGAGCUACUGCAGAGCCUUUACAGAUCAGUCAAGUAUCUUUGAUCUCCAAAGACACCGAGCCAGUAGAAUUAAACUGUAAUUUUUCUUUUUCAAGAAAAAGAAAAAUCAGUUGUACCAUCUGUGGCCAUAAAUUUCUUCGAAAAAGCCAGUUACUGGAACACAUGUAUACACAUAAAGGUAAAUCUUACAGAUAUAACAGAUGCCAAAGGUUUGGAAAUUCAUUGGCCCAGAGGUUUCAGCAGUAUUGUGACAGCUGGCCUGAUGUCCCCCCGAAAGGUUCUCGAUUGUCACAAGAACAUUUAGACUUGCCUUGUGCCUUAGAGUCGGAGCUCACACAAGGGAGUGUGGACGCCAUCCUUGUGGGGUAGCAGCUUCUCCUUUAGAGUUUUUAUACCAGUCUUGGAAAAGAUUCAUACACCGCUUUUAAUUCAUAAAUUAUUUACCUUCUCAUGGUCUGUUGACUUAAAAUAAUCUGUCCCUGGUUUUGAGGUUGUGCAUACCAGUUCUUAUAAGACAUGGAUAUUAAACAUGACUUUCAAAUUAUCCCAUAAGCUUUUUUAUAAAUUAUAAUUUGAAAACCAGAAGUUAAUGUAGAAACUUUAGAGUGACUGAUUGUUUAUAAAAUCUCUUGUUUUUCCAGGUUGCAGAAUCAGUAAAAUGAACUUGACUAUGAAGCAGAUGAGAUCUGUGUUAAAGAAUAUUUUAGAGACUGGCAAUGAAGGUCAUCCAUAGAGGGCUUUCUAGAAUGGGUGAGACCCUAGGUUCAGUCUCCAGAGCACACACACGUACACACAAACCCACUUCUAAGCUGUUACUCUUGUCUCAUGUUUCAUAGGAAUAUGUCCUUAAGAAAAUGAUUUUUAGCCAGGCGGUGGUGGCGCACGCCUUUAAUCCCAGCACUUGGGAGGCAGAGCCAGGCGGAUCUCUGUGAGUUCAAGGCCAGCCUGGUCUACAGAGCGAGUUCCAGGAAAAGCGCAAAGCUACACAGAGAAACCCUGUCUCGAAAAAACCAAAAAGAAAAAGAAAAAGAAAAUGAUUUUUAAAUAUUUUCUGCCAUAUAGGAAAUCAGUAGUUAUUUCAAUGUAUAACUAUAUAUUAUAAUGUAUAAAAAGUUUGUUUUAAGACAUGGCUAUACCAAAUCACAAGUAGUUUUAACUCUCUACUUCCUGGCAUCCCAACCUCUUACAUGGCCUUUUAUUUACUUAACAUCAAGUAUACCUCAUUUUUGAUAAAAAUAUGUCAGCUAAAAUAAAGGGCUGGAGAAGUCAGUGGUAAAGAAGUCGUGAACAGAGAAACCGGUCCAUCCACAUAACUAAGCACAGAGGCAGGUCCGUGAACUAACCCUGGGCCGGGUAACCACAUCCACAGUGUGUCCUUAGACACCGGAAGAACAGUUUCAGAUUUUAUAACGAGGUUUACCUGAGUUUAAAGAGGAAAAUAACAGGUACAAAUCCUCUCUCUACCUUAACGUAGCAGAAUCUUCUGGGCUGUCUGGGCUGACGGUAGUUCUCUGAAAGUCACUCUUAAAGGUAAUUUUGCAGUGGCUUUCACUUUUUUGUUAGUAGAACCAGUGAAGUAGAUCCAUUCAGAUUCCAGACCUAUUUAAAUCCACGCUGGCAGCUCUCCUUCUGUGAAUAUACUUAUCAUCCCUUCUACAGCGGUGCCAUUUAGAAACCUAAAACCCCAGGAAUAUUGAAGUUGAUGGACUAAGUGAUGGAUUUUCUGUACCUAGAAAAUAGCCCAUCACAUUUCAUUGUUUCUGAAGUGUUUAAAUCUGAAGCUCGUACUCAAGGAUAAGAAGGCAAGAAAGACUGCGGAACAGCCCCCUCCUCUUCCUUUCCCUUUUAGAGUCUGAGCUUCAACAGGCAUUUGAGGGGCAUUUGAGAUGGUCCUGUCCCCUCACCCCCCAGCCUGGAAACAAGAGUCUUGCCCAGGUCGGCCUUAAGCUCUGUUUCAGCUUCCCGAGUGGCCAGGACCGUGGGCGUGUGCCAUCCCACAGAUACUUGAGUACAUCUAAUAAAUGUUGUUGUCGUGCUUAGACUUUAGCCACAUGCAGUGUCUAAGCUACCCCCCCCCCCAUAGAACACCCCUGAAGACAUUGCUUAGAGGUCCCACCACCUCUGGCUGUGAGGAGCCCAGAGUAAUCCAGCUAAUUCUGAAACAAGUUUUUCCCUGGGUAAAUAGUAAGUUCAGGUGAAUAACAAAGUAGUAGUUUUAGGGUCCUCUAGUCCCAGAACUCAUGAGGCUGAUCUCUUGUGAGUUCAAGGCCAGUCUGGUUUACAUAGUGAGUUCUCGGCCAGUUAGAGCUACAUAGUGGGGCCCUGUCUCAAACAGACAAAACCCCACACAUGCACACCACACACCACACCAAAGUGGCAGCUCCAUUGUUCUUAGUCUUUUGAGACAUUCUUGCUCUACGGCCCAUGCCGUCCUUGGACUCGCCACCUUCCUCUCCUGCCUCCUUAGUGCUGGGAUUCUGGGCUGCACCACCAGCUAGGCUUCCAAGUGGUGACUUAGGAGGGCCAGGUGAAGAACCCUAGUGGGCACUGCCUUAAGGAAGUUGAAUUUCUCACUUAGAGAAUUAGCCUCUAGGGUCAAGACCUAUGUGUUGAGAGCAAAAUUGAGCUAGUGGUAGGACCUAUUGUAUUGGGGUGUUGGUUAAACAAGUAUGCUGUUUGGGGAGAGGGUUACAAUUAUAUGUAAUCUUAAACUAGUAAUUUAUCAAAGCAGUAUUCAGCCAUACUACCUUCAAUGAUUUAACCUUAUAGAAACUUGAAUCCUGAUUUCAUGUAUUUUUAAGCUAUUUAGGAUAUAUUCCCUACUUUUAAUUUUUUUUUUUUUUUUUGAGAUAGAGAGUCACAUUUAGCCCAGGCUGGCCCCAAACACUGUAUAGCUGAAGAUGGCCUUAAACUCAUGAUCUGCCUGCUCUACCUCCAAGCACUGGCAUUAUAGGUGUGCUCCCCAUGCCCAGCUCUCCCUAGCCUUCACAGAUAUAAAAGAACCUAACAAUUCCCAUUUAAAACUUUUCAACUUCUCUAUAAUCUUCCCUGCGUACCAAGUCAUUAGUCUUACACACAAGAAGCCCUUUUAGAGCUAAAGGGUAGGAACAGAGAUUUACUUUGCGGGUAGGUAAGUGGGUGUAGCAGCUCAAGACCAUCUGGAGAGGUGCCAGAAGACAUGCCUACAGCUCAUGUCUAUUUAAAGUGGAACUAUAUGUGUAAAGUUCUCAAAGAGUUAAUAAACAUAUAUCGGUAAAUAAAAUGGAGCCAUGCGUGGAGUCUGGGGAGAUCGCUCAGUAACAUGAUUGCUGCUCACAAAUUUGAACGUGAAGUGAGAGCUAGGUGUGGAGUCUGUAGUCCCCAUGCUGGUGGUGGUGGGGCAGAGGCAGGAAGAUGGCAGGUGCUCUCAGGCCAGCCCUGCAGAAAGGAGCUCCAGGUUCAGUGAGACUCUUGUCUCAAAAAACUGAGGUAGAGAAGUGAUUGGGGGAGACGUUGUGUUACCAGUCUCUGGCCUCAACACAUGUCCACAUGAGUACGCACACCCAUAUACAUGCAUGCAGGUCCCCCCCCCCCCCCCCGACACAUACAGAAUAAAUAAGAGGGACUCUAUCUCUGUAAGCUUUAAAAAGAUAUUAGUUCACCUGACUCCUAUCGUUCUCAAAGUUCCUUAGUGCUAAGCACUUCACUUGAUUCUUCCCCUUAUCUAUAAAGUUUCUUUUAAUAUUAAACCAAAAAGACAAAAUGCUGGGUCUUGCCCAUCUGUAACCCCAGCUGUCAGUAGACAGGCAGGACUGUAAAUUCGGGACUAGCCUGGAGCUACAUGGCAAGACCGUGACUCGAGAGAAGAAAAAAAAAUUAAUUUUUCUCAGUCCACAAUAACAUUGUUUUAGGAAGUGGAGAAAUGUUAGUUUCAUUUUAUGCAAAAAGUUCCCCAAAGCUAGUGUUCUGAGAGGCAUGUAGUAAGUGGUAUGGGACCUGCUGUUACUUGGUUUUGAUUUUUAAAAGAUCUGUUUAUCUUCAUGUUCCGUGUUUGGGUGUUUUAGCUGCAUGUGUGUCUGUGCACAUCAUGCAUGCAGCGUCCAUGGAGACCAGGAAAGGACAUCAGAUCCUCUGGAACUCAUGGAGGUGUGGGAACUGAACCCAGGUCCUCUGCCCGAGCAGCAAGUGCCCUUAAGCACUGAGCCAUCUCUGCAACCUGGUUUGGUGUGUCGAGGUGAGGUCUCACUGUGUGGCCCAUGCCGGCCUGGAACUUGAAACAGUCCCCUGUCAACCUCCUAAGUGCUGGGAUGGCAGAUGGGCACGAUUGUACCUGCAGCCUGGAUAGUUUUGGUUUUGCUUUUGGUGUUUAAGGACAUGAUUCUUCAUUUGGGAAAAAAAAAAGUCUUCAUAUAUUAAAAGUUUUUCCAGAACAAGAACAACAACUUUACUUUUUGCCACAUCUGCAAAAUGGAGCUUGGUCUCUGCCUUAAGCAGUGAGGUUUGUGUGAUGGUUGCCAAGCUGAACCAGGAGUUGCAGGAUAUACUUUGUUGCCAAAUGUCGCCCUCUUGUGUUGAGGUAAGUGGUCUCUGCUGGGUAACAUUUUUGAAGACAUGGCUGGGGAAAAAAAGCCCCAGUUUUUAGCAGAAUCCCUGUAUUGGGCAGAUACUAAAUAACUCUUCUCCGUUUGGGUCGGCUGGGUUGGCUUUAAAUCGCCCCUUCUUUCUAGAUCCUGCAUAGUGCUGUUUCCUGAAGAAAAGAAGAGUCUGUCUCAGUAUUUAUUCUUAGAAGGAGAGCCCAGUAAAUGCAGUCUGCCUUAAAACCGAUGUUAUUUUUUAAUUUGUAACCUUGAGCCGGUUACUUACCUCUCUGAGACCCCCCCCCCCCCAUCCCCGGGUAAAGUGGCCGUCAACAGCUCCUACCUCACAGGGGUGCUGUGAGGCUUGUACUAAAAUUGUGUUAGUGUACUGAUAAAAGCCAACCUAGGAGGAAAUUCAGAAGUCCAUCCUGUAGAUUAGAAUGUGUGAUGCAAUCGUGCACUACUUAGUAGACAGUUAACUGAGAAAACUCGUUUUUACAGAAGUACUUUGGAAAUAGCGGUGUUACUCGACUUUUUACUCUACUGUUUGUACCCUUCGGCAAGGAAAACAGGACGUAGCAUUAUUGGGAAUAAAGUACACCGAUUUCAGCAUUAAUGAAACUUCCCCAAAUACACUAUGUUCAUAUUAGAAAAGGAACAAAGAAAAUGGGGGCUGGGGGGAGUCCCAUCAUUCCUUGGAUGAAGAUGGUCUAAGUAGUAAAUGGAGAAAAGCAAUGGCAUGAGGACAGUCCAUAGGACCUCUUCAGUGUUCUUCCGAGGGAAAGCUGGAGAAGCGUUCACAGACCACAGUCGUGACGAGAAGAGUGUGGAGAGCAGACAGUUCUGACGCCCGUUUGUACAGGCAGACUCUUGAUAUUGAAACCUGGAUUCCUGACGAAUACUUGAUGGGUAUUUUUGUGGUGACUGUGCUAAAAAUCGGUCAUGUGGAGAACUUUAAUGUAACUUGUGUGUUUUUGUGCACUUAAACUAAAUAUAUAUGUCUGUGGCGUUUCAUUAUAAUAAGUUGUUAAAUUCCUAGGAGUGCACCCUGUAAAUGCUUCUGUGCUGAACCGCA